AUGGUCCAGAGCGACAUGGCCAAGUCGCCUCCCACAGCGGCGGCGGCGGUGGCGCAGGAGAUCCAGAUGGAACUGCUGGAGAACGCGGCUCCCGCGGCGGCGCUCGGAGCGGCCGCACAGUCAUAUGGAAAAGGAGCCAGAAGGAAAAACAGAUUUAAAGGGUCCGAUGGGAGCACUUCUUCUGACACUACCUCAAAUAGUUUCGUUCGUCAGGGUUCGGCAGACUCCUACACCAGCCGUCCAUCCGAUUCAGAUGUUUCUUUGGAGGAAGAUCGGGAGGCAGUGCGCAGAGAAGCAGAGCGACAGGCCCAGGCCCAGCUGGAAAAAGCAAAGACAAAGCCCGUUGCCUUUGCGGUUCGGACAAAUGUCAGCUACAGUGCAGCCCAUGAAGACGAUGUCCCGGUGCCAGGCAUGGCCAUCUCAUUCGAAGCAAAAGAUUUUCUGCAUGUUAAGGAAAAAUUUAACAAUGACUGGUGGAUAGGACGAUUGGUUAAAGAAGGCUGUGAAAUCGGAUUCAUUCCAAGCCCAGUCAAGCUAGAAAACAUGAGGCUACAGCAUGAACAGAGAGCCAAGCAAGGGAAAUUCUACUCCAGUAAAUCAGGAGGAAACUCAUCAUCCAGUUUGGGUGACAUAGUACCUAGUUCCAGAAAAUCUACACCUCCAUCAUCUGCUAUAGACAUAGAUGCUACUGGCUUAGAUGCAGAAGACAAUGAUAUUCCAGCAAACCACCGCUCCCCUAAACCCAGUGCAAACAGUGUAACGUCACCCCACUCCAAAGAGAAAAGAAUGCCCUUCUUUAAGAAGACAGAGCACACCCCUCCUUAUGACGUGGUCCCUUCUAUGCGACCCGUGGUCCUGGUGGGCCCCUCUCUGAAGGGGUACGAGGUAACAGAUAUGAUGCAGAAAGCGCUGUUCGAUUUUUUAAAACACAGAUUCGAAGGGCGGAUUUCCAUCACAAGGGUCACCGCUGACAUCUCGCUGGCUAAACGCUCUGUUUUGAACAAUCCCAGUAAGCACGCAAUAAUAGAAAGAUCGAACACGAGGUCAAGUUUAGCGGAAGUUCAGAGUGAAAUCGAAAGGAUUUUUGAACUUGCAAGAACACUGCAACUGGUGGUCCUUGAUGCAGAUACAAUUAAUCAUCCAGCCCAACUUAGUAAAACCUCUCUGGCCCCUAUUAUAGUGUAUGUCAAGAUUUCUUCUCCUAAGGUUUUACAAAGGUUAAUAAAAUCUAGAGGGAAAUCUCAAGCUAAACACCUCAAUGUCCAGAUGGUAGCAGCAGAUAAGCUGGCCCAGUGUCCUCCGGAGUUGUUUGAUGUGAUCCUGGAUGAGAACCAGCUCGAGGACGCCUGUGAGCACCUUGCCGACUACCUGGAGGCCUACUGGAAGGCCACCCACCCUCCCAGCAGCAGUCUCCCCAACCCUCUCCUCAGCCGCACCUUAGCCACCUCCACCCUGCCCGUCAGCCCCACCCUCGCCUCCAACUCCCAGGGCUCUCAAGGGGAUCAGAGGACGGAUCGCACGGCUCCUGCCCGCUCUGCUUCCCAAGCUGAAGGAGAGCCCUGCCUGGAACCUGCCAAGAAACCCCAGCACCGUUCCUCCUCCGCCGCGCAGUACCACAACCAUCGCAGCGGGACCAGCCGAGGCCUCUCCAGGCAGGAGACCUUGGACUCGGAAACGCAGGAGAGUCGCGAUUCCGCGUACGUGGAGCCCAAGGAAGAUUAUACCCACGAACACGCGGACCACUACGCCCCCCACCGUGACCACAACCACAGAGAGGAGCCCCACGGGGGCGGAGAGCACAGACACAGGGAGUCUCGGCACCGCUCCAGGGACCCGGAUCGAGAGCAGGACCACAACGAGUGCAACAGACAGCGGAGCCGCCACAAAUCCAAGGAUCGCUACUGUGACAAGGAGGGGGAAGGGGUGUCCAGGAGACGGAAUGAGGCUGGGGACUGGAACAGGGAUGUUUACAUCCGCCAAUGA